AUGCACGUCGCACACAUCGCCGCCGCACCCGAGCAGGUCGCCGCCGGUGGCCAUGCUGCCAUGUUUGGCGUUGAUGAAGCAAGGCAAGCCGCGAAGCAACACCAAUCAAGAUCGGAUCUUGCCCGGCUGAUCAGCACAGAGGGUGAUGACCAAAUUGGAGUGAUUGGUGUAUGGGGAACAAGUGGCAGUGUUGGGCACAGCUCCAUCAUCUCGGAGGCCUAUGAGAAUCCAAAUAUCAAACUUAGGUUUCCAUGCCGAGCGUGGGUCAGGGUGGAGCGGCCUUUCCAUCCAAACGAAUUUGUCCAGAGUAUAAUGGAACAGUUUCGAGCAACUGCCGUAGGUGUGGUUGAUUUUCCGUUGGAACUAGAGGCGGAGAAGGCGAGGCAUGAGUUUGCUCAUGAGUACAGUCGAUAUGUCAACAAGAAGAGGUAUCCGAUCGUUCUUACCGGAUUAUCCACCAUUGAAGAAUGGCAUCGAAUCAAAACUUGUUUGCUGGAAAACAAACUGGGGAGCCGCAUCGUAGUAUCUACGGAGCAUGUUGAAGUUGCAAGCUUAUGCCCAGGCCAGCAAAGUAUUGUAUCAGAGCUCAAGCAAUUGUCUGCUGAACAAACCAUCUAUGCUUUCUACCGGCAGGCGGGGAAGGGGGAAUUCCUGGUCCAAGCCCUCCUCUGUUCCCCUAGGUGUGGAACGGAACCAGCUCUCGGGACUGCCCUGAUGGUCCUAACUGGAUACAUUCUCAGCCUCCCUGGAUUCCUCAUCAACCUGCUGAUACAGAUGUUCUCUGCCCAGAGUUCUCAUGGCGUUACAUAUCCAUCAAAGCCAGCAUCGUCUAGCUCAAACUUACCCAACAUCGCUGAGAAUGAGAUACAAGAAGACCAAUCCAAUGAUGAUGUUGAUGGAAAUAUGACAGUGCAAAAGAGGUUCACACGCACCUACACAAUGGCAGGUGUUCUGGAGGAAUUUCAGCUUAUUGGGCGAGAGAAAGAAAAAUCUGAUAUUAUUGCACUAAUUGUGGAACAAGCUAGCACCCAUCAAUUUGAGGUGAUAGUAGUAUGGGGAAUGGGUGGUCUUGGAAAAACAACUCUGAUAAAAAAUGUUUUCCAGAGCAAAGAUGUCUCUCGCAUGUUUGAGAAAUAUGCUUUUGUCACGGUCUUGCGACCUUUCAAGCUUGAGGGACUCCUUAGGAGCUUGGCAUUGCAACUAGAUGCAAACAAGGGAUCCAUGGACUUUGUAGGUGACACCCAAAAAAACAUUGCCUUGAUGGGAGUUGCAGACUUGAUUGAAGUGUUGGGCAGACGUUCAGAAGGAAAGAGUUGUUUGAUUGUUCUUGAUGACCUCUCAUCUAUUGCAGAAUGGGAUAAAAUAUUGCCAUGUUUACAUGCAAUAAAAAAUCUGGUCAUUGUGAUCACCACAAGGCGAGAGGAUAUUGCUAAGUAUUGUUGCAAAAAAUCAGAGUGCAUACGCUUGCUCAACGGUCUUGAAGAGAAGGAUGCAAGUCACCUGUUCACAAAAAAGGUAUUUAAGAAUAAAACUACAGAUUUGGCUGAGCAACAUCCUGCAUUGGUUGAACCAGCAAAACUAAUCCUGAAGAAGUGCAAGGGACUUCCCCUUGCGAUAGUCACCAUAGGUGGCUUCUUGGCUGAUCAACCAACAAAAACUGCUGCAGAGUGGAGAAAACUGAAUGAGCAUAUCAGUGUUGAGCUGGAGAUGAAUCCAAAGUUUGAGGUCAUAAAAACAGUUCUCAUGAAAAGUUAUGAUGGCCUACCCUAUUAUCUAAAGUCUUGUUUCUUGUACAUGUCCAUCUUCCCUGAAGACCGCAAUGUUAGCCGGAGACGUUUGGCUUAUCGAUGGAUCGCUGAAGGUUAUGCGCUAGACAAGGUCACAGCAGAUAGAUACUUCAUGGAACUCAUAGAGAGAAGCAUGAUAUUACCAACUCAGCAAUCAGUUUGCAGCAUACAAGGAUUCGACUCCUGCCAGCUGCACGAUCUGAUUCGUGAUAUCAGCAUUGCAGAGUCAAUGGAGGAAAAUCUUGUUUUCAGGUUGGAGGAAGGCUACAGCUUGAACACCCAUGGCGCAGUGCGUCACCUUGCCAUAAGCAGCAACUGGGAGGGAAAUGAGCAUGAGUUGGAGAGCACCGUGGAGCUGUCCCGUAUACGGUCAUUGACAGUGUUUGGUAAGUGGAAGGCAUUUUACAUUUCUGAUAAGAUGAGGUUUCUCCGGGUGCUGGACCUGGAAGGAACAUAUGGAUUAAGAAGUCAUCACCUUGAGCACAUUGGGGAGCUUCUUCAUCUGAGAUACCUCUCUCUACGUGGGUGUGCGCACAUCUUUUGCCUCUCAGAUUCGGUGGGUAAUCUGAAACAACUUGAGACACUAGACAUCAAAGGGACGGGUAUAGCUCUGUUGCCCAGAACCACCAUGAAGCUUAGUAAGCUAUGUUAUCUCCAUGCUGGUAUAGGUAUAGGGGAUAAUGAGAACGAUUGUUUUUCAAAGUGUCAAGAAAUUUGGGAAAGGCAAUGUAGGUUAUGUGUAGCAUGCUGCUCACUUGAGAUUUCAAGCAUGGGUGGUUUUGGUGGCAUGUGUGAGGCUUGCACUAUUAGUUGCUGCAUAUUUUACCCUAAUAUCAUUAGGGGCAUAGCUCCUUCUGGUGUUAAGGUGUCAAAAGGGACCAGGAAAUUGAAGGCCCUGCGUACACUGCGGUAUGUUCACCUUGCUUGGGGAAAUGCCAUUAUAAAAGAGAUAAAAGAUCUCACCGGCCUGCAGAAGCUAGGAGUGGUCGGUAUCAACAAGAAAAAUGGUCCGGGUUUCUGUUCGGCCAUUUCCAAUCUCAGCCGUCUUGAAUCGUUGUCAGUGCGGACAGGUGAUAGCCUAAAUGGCUGUUUGGAUGGCAUAUCCACAGCUCCGGAAAACCUGCAGAGCCUCAAGCUAUGCGGCAGCCUGGAAAAAUUGCCGGAAUGGAUCAAGGGGCUCCAGAAUCUCGUAAAGCUCAAGUUAGAACUCAGCAAGCUAUCAGGGAACCUUGAAACCAUGCAAGUCCUUGGGAACCUACCAAACCUAUCCAUUCUGGGUUUGUGUGAUCGUGGUCUUCAGAUCGAUGUACUUCAGUUCCAGACUAGCCUUUUCAGAAGGCUCAUGGUGCUUGAUCUUUUCUGCACAUGGAUGAAAAUUAAAUUAGUGGAGUUUCGGGAAGAAUCAGUGCCCAAUCUUGAGUUGCUGACCCUUAGCCUUAGAGAUACUGAAGUUGCCUUCUCUGGGCUAGAACUUCUCCAAAACAUCAAGGAAGUACAGCUUAGUUUUCAUUAUAUCGGGUAUACACCCAAAUCAUCAAAAAAUGGGGUAGACGAAAGAAUGAGUAAAGGAGCGUAUGAACAUAUUAAACAAGAAGAAAAGAGAAGAAAACCCGUGCAAGAUAAACUCAGGCAGGAGUUGCAAAACCAGCUUGAUAGGAAUAAGAACCGGCCCAUCUUGAAGGUGCAAUGAGC